GCUCGGCCCCUCCGGUUUCCUACCUGGAGCCGCUACUCCUUGCGUAAACUGCGUAAUCCCACCCGCCGCGCGGGGAAAAGGCGCUAUGCGGGUCGGGGAGAAAGCUCUCAGCAGGUCAGGGAGCUGCCCCAGCUGCGGGGCUCAGGAGCGGCCAAGCCUGAACCUAGCAGCGUCACUUACGUAAAGCCCCUCAAAGAGAUCUUCUAUUUUGCCUCUGCAGAAGUCUGAAACAUGGAAAGAACUGAUGCUAGAAGUCUGUCCAUUGUUACCUGUUCUUCCAGUUUGAACCUCAUACUCUGAAAAUGAUGGCAGCUGUUCCUCAUCCCCAUGUGAAAAUGGUGGGAGCUGUAAGGAUCUGGAAGUGGGAUACCAGUGCACCUGCCCCAUGGAGCCUGUAGCCUACACAGGCACAAACUGUGAACACCUCUAUGAUGCAUGCCUAGAACAUGAGUGUCCUGCCCCAAGGAUUUGCAAUGGGACUCCAGGACUCCUGGAAUACCAGUGUGUGUGUCUGCCUGGCUUCACAGGUGUUGACUGUAACACUGACAUUAAUGAGUGUGAGAGCAGCCCCUGCAAAGAUCCAGGGUCUGAUUGUGUAGAUGGGAUAAAUGGGUACACCUGUGAAUGCCAAACAGGACAGGAUGGAGAAGGCUGCCAAACAGAGAGCUCCCUGUGCUCCAGCCAGCCCUGCCUAAACAAUGGGACAUGUAUGGAGGGUCUUGGGGACUAUACCUGCAUCUGCCAGCCUGGCUUCACUGGGGCCGACUGCAGGGACAACAUCAACGAGUGUGCCUCCAGCCCCUGCCAGAACGGGGCCAUCUGCAGGGACAGGCUGGGCCACUACAGCUGCUUCUGUGUGCCAGGCUUCCAGGGCUACAACUGUGAGAUUGACAUCAACGAGUGUGCCUCCAGGCCCUGCCAGAACAAUGGCAGCUGCCUCAAUGAGAUGGAUCACUACUUCUGUGUGUGCAGCCCUGGAUUCACAGGUGUAAACUGUGAUGCUGAAAUAGAUGAGUGUGCUUCAGACCCUUGCCAGAAUGGGGCCCUGUGCAACGAUCAUGUUGGGUUCUACACUUGUACCUGUGCACCAGGGUACCAAGGCACCCACUGUGAGCUGGACAUCAAUGAGUGUGUGAGCCAGCCCUGCCAGAACAAUGGGACAUGUCAGGACCUCAUUAACAGCUACCAUUGUGACUGCAGUGACACGGGCUUUGAGGGGGACCACUGUGAGCUGGACAUCCUGGAGUGUGCCUCUGAACCCUGUCUGAAUGGUGCCACCUGCAUUGAGGGGAUAAAAAACUACAGCUGUGCCUGCUGGCCAGGCUACACAGGGCAGGACUGUGAAGAGGAUGUGGAUGAGUGUGCCUCAGGUCCCUGCCACCACGGGGGGGUCUGCCUGGAGCGCUCCAACCCCACCCACUACGGGACACGACCUGACUUCCCUGGGCAGUUCAGCUACAGCCAGGCAGCUGGGUUCCUCUGCUGGUGCCAGCCAGGCUUUGCAGGGGAGACCUGCUUGACUGACAUUGAUGAGUGUGAGUCCCAGCCCUGCCAGAAUGGAGGGCUCUGUGUGGACCUUGUGGAUGGCUUCCUCUGUCACUGCCUGCCAGGGUAUUCAGGUGUGGAAUGUGCUGUUAACAUCAAUGAGUGUGAGGAGGGGCCCUGCCAGAAUGGAGCUGUCUGUGAGGAUGGCAUUGCUGACUAUACCUGCCACUGUGCCCCUGGCCAGGAUGGCACUGUGUGGGGAGGGAAGAACUGCUCUGUCAGCCUCACUGGGUGCCAGACACAUGACUGCCAAAAUGAGGCCUUGUGCAUCCCAACCUACCAAGCUGAGAGCCACGGCCACCUGUGCCAGUGCCAGCCUGGUUUCUAUGAUGCCACAUGCUCAACACCAACAACAUUUUCCUUUGCUUCCAGAGGGUAUCUCCUCAUUGAGCUGCCCGUGAGCAAUCAGAGCAGGAGGGAUGUAGCAGGAGAUCAGCUUGCCAGCGUGUCCCUCCGGUUCAGAACCACCUUGCCCAGCACUGUCCUUUUUUACCGAGGCCACGAAGCUGAAUACUUGUUCCUGGAGCUCUUUGAUGGCAUCCUGCAUGCAGGACUGAAGAUGGAGGAUGCUGAGUACUUGCUGCUCCUGGAAGGACUGAGAGUUGAUGAUGGACAGUGGCACAAAGCUGAAGUUGUUGUGCACAGCACUGUGCAGCUCAAGCUCUGGCAUGACUCUUGUGAUGCAGGUGUCUGCCUGCAGAGCUCUGUCCCUGUCCCACCAGGCACUGCUGGGAUCCCUCAUGCCUUCCUGAACCUCUAUAUUGGAGGUGUUGAGGAGUCAAUGGCCAACAGCACCCAGAGCCAGCAAGGCUUUGUUGGCUGCCUGGAAGACUUUCAGGUGGAUGGUGAAGUUGUGCUCCCAGUGGCUCUGCCUGUGGGUGAGUCCUCCCCCGUGACCCGGGGCUGUGACCGCACGGAGUGGUGCCUGGCCCAGCCCUGCUCUCAUGGGCUCUGCGUGGACCUCUGGGCAACCUUCAGGUGUGACUGUUGGAGGCCUUAUGGAGGCCCAGCUUGCUCAUAUGAGCACCCAGCAGCAACAUUUGGCCUAGAGAAUUCUACCAGCUUUGCCUCUUUCACCCUUCCUGAGAACCUUGGUGCAAAUUUCAACAUCUCAUUUUUCCUUCGCAGUCGGAAACCUAACGGUUUGCUGCUGCAGAUCAGCAAUGGGACUGAGCCCUUCCUGAGUGUGUUCCUGAAGAGAGGCAAGGUGACCAUCCAGACUGUGUCAGCAGAUGUGGUCACAUUGCCAGAAAGUGUUGUUGAUGGGAGAAGACGUUUGGUAGCUCUCUCUUUCCAAGAAGGAAUUGUUGGUUCUCACCUGUCAGACACGUACCUGGAGCUGGGACAGCUCAUAGCAAGACCUCUGGUAGCUGGCUAUGAAGUGCUCAUUGGUGGACAUCCUGACCCAGGCAGUGCUGACGUGUGGGGAGGGUAUUUUAAAGGCUGCUUGCAAGACAUCCAGCUGAACAGCCACCAAAUACAGUUUUUUCAGGCUGAGAACUACAGCCUGCCCCAGGAGCUCAAUAGGACUCAAACUGAUAAUCUUGUGAAUGGUUGCAUCUCUGAUAACACCUGCCAGUCUGAACCAUGUCAGAAUGGUGGCAGAUGCACUGUCACUUGGAAUGAUUUCCAUUGCAGCUGUCCAGCAAAUUUCACUGGGAAAUUUUGUGAAGAGAGAGUCUGGUGUGAAAGUGACCCAUGUCCUGAAGCUACCACCUGCAUAGAUGUUCCAGCAGGAUAUGUGUGCCUGGCUAAUGCAACAUUUAAUAGCUAUGCUGCUGUGGAGUUUACCACCAAUGCAUCAGUGACCAGAACUCUGAGCAGCCUCCACAUGGAUUUCAGAACCAGGGAUGAAGAUGCUGUUUUGCUUUGGGCUAUGGAAGAAGUGGAUUCCCUCCAGGUGGCCAUCAAGAACUCCUCCCUGCUUGUUGACAUCAGGAGUGGGAACAGCAUCGAGGGGGUCAGCUUCCUGAGCCAGAAGUCAGUGACAGAUGGUGCCUGGCACACCAUCUCUGUGUCCAUGGAGGAGCCAACUGCACCUUCUUCCAGGUGGCUGCUUCGUUUGGAUGGGUCUGAGAACACAACUCUGCAGGGACGUGCUGGGAACUUGGACUUCCUAAAGAACAAUGCCCUGAUUGUUCUAGCUGAAAACUUCACCGGCUGCCUGGGGCACGUGAAGAUAGGAGGGAUCUACCUGCCCUUCACUGCCCACCUCCCCUACCCCCAGCCAGAGCAGUUCCAGCAGGCCAGCAGGAGCUCCAUCCAGCUGGGAUGCACCGGGGCUGAUGUCUGUGCCUCCAGCCCCUGCCUCAACGCCGGCACCUGCCAGGACUUGUUCAACUCCUUCAGCUGUGCCUGCAGGGAGGGCUGGGAGGGGCAGCUCUGCGAGGCUGACAUUGAUGACUGCCAGUCAGGUCCCUGUGUGCACGGGGACUGUGUGGAUGCAGUAGCAGAUUUCCAGUGUGAAUGCUUCCGGGGGUUCAUUGGGAAGAGGUGUGACAUCAACGUGGACGACUGCGUGCGGCACCAGUGCCUGAACGGGGCCACCUGUGUGGAUGGGGUUUAUGGGUACUCCUGCAAGUGCCCCCCUCAGUACUCAGGACCUCGCUGUGAGUGGCCGUUCCCACCCCAGCAGUGUGGUAAGAACUUCACCUGCCUGAAUGGAGGCAAAUGCAUCAGUGAGAGCUGGGGAGCCAACUGCACCUGCAAGCCAGGUUUCACCGGGAGGAAUUGUCAAAUCAGUGUGAACAGGUGUGACCCAAACCCCUGUCAGAAUGGAGGGACCUGUCGGGGCUCUCACAGCUCCUACGAGUGUGUGUGCAGUGCCAGCUACACCGGGGAGCGCUGCGACAUCAACAAGGGGACUCCAGGUGCUCUCUCCCCCUCCCCACUAAUUGAAGUAGCUGUCCCUGUAGCCUGUGGCUCUUUAUUGCUCCUCAGUAUCGGGCUCAUAUUCAUGAUUCUCACUGCAAGGAAGAGGCGGCAAUCAGAGGGAACCUACAGCCCGAGUCAGCAAGAAGUGGCAGGAGCUCGGCUGGAGAUGGACAGUGUCCUAAAGGUGCCACCUGAGGAGCGGUUAAUAUAGGCACUGCUUGACCAGGAGAUGCACCUGCAGGGUCUGCUUUGACCUUGAUCUUUCUCCAGCACUUGCAGCAGCAGCUCCAUCCCAUCUCACUGUCCUUAAGGCACAAUGAAGACACGGACUCAGAAGCAGGAGGCAGCCUGUGCAUGCAGGAGCUGUUCCUGUUAACUGAGCCAAGUGCACACCACUGGCUCAGACUCAGCCUCUUUGCUCCCUUCUUUCUUGCCCCACAAGUGCCCCACAGCUUCCCCUCAGCAGGAGCUGUUGAACUGCUCCUGCUCUGAAGUUGCUCUGGCUCCAUCCCACCUCUCAGGCAGCAAUGGCAGUUACCUCUGCUUCCUAAGGCAGGGUGAAUCAAGCACUACUUGGCAGAUUCAGAUCUAUGUAUUAUUUUAAAGGAAUGAUGUAUAGAGGAUAUUUAUGACUGAUCUGUAUAUACUGCUCUGCUUUUGUCAGCAACUGAAAUUCAAAGUUUUUUCAGCUCAGGUGUAUGAGGUUUUUCCCACGCAGUUUUCAACAGCAACAGCAGCCAUGAACUCCUGCCCUGUGCCAGCCCCAGCCCUACAGGGACCUGCCAGGAAUUUCUGGAAUCACAGCACAACCCUGUGUUGUGUGAGGUGAUCCGUGUUAGACAUUCCCAUGGUACUGCUCAGCACCACAGCAGCCAGAACUCUGGGGCUUUGGGGGCCGGUGCUGGAGCUGUGGGCAGGAUCUGCUGCCAAGUGAGGAACUUCAGAGCUUGGGCAGGGGGAGGUGGGGGCUGGUGAGCUGGAAAGAGGUCACCCACCUGAGUCCUGUGUGCUGAGGAGAGGGCAGUGGGAGGGGGAGGCUCCUGUCCAGCACUGUUGCCAGCACAGUGCAACCUGGAGCCAGGGGAUGGGGCUGUGAACCUCAGCUGCAACCAGGUGGAAACUCUGAGUAACUCCUGUUCUACCACAGCUGCCGGUGUGGGCGCAUCUUAGCAACUCCUCGGUGGUGGGAGCAGCAGGGGCUGCAGGGGCUGUCCUGCUCCUGGCAGCUCUUGCAGCCACAGCCAUUGUCAUGAAGAGGAGGAGAGCGACUCAGGGAAGGUACAGCCCCAGCCGUCAGGAGAAAGAUGGGGCUCGAGUGGAAAUGUGGAAUGUAAUCAAGAUGCCACCGAUGGAGAGGCUGAUCUGAGAGCUGGGGUCACACCAGGUGCUGUGGCAUCCCCCAACAGUCACACAACUGCUGCAGCAGCUCUGCCCCAAGUCCCCAGGUGUGUUGCUGUAGCACAGGGCUGGGCUGCUCUAAGCUACUUCCCAGGCAGCAAGAUUCAGCUGCUUGAUCCAGCUUGGUUACUGGAGCUCAUCCCGUAAGAUUUGUAUGGAAUGGGUCUGGCAGCAAGAGCAGUAAAGUCUGGGAGGAAAAAAAAAAAGAAAAUUGGGCAGGAGAAGAAAAAGCAGUUGGGGCAGUGGCAGCAGAGAAGUGCACAGACCCAUCAGCUCUGGGUCUCCUGGUGGCCUCAGUGCCAGGUGGGCACCAGUGGCUCCCUGCAAAGAAGCAGAGCACGUGUGGGUGCUGGUAAUUAAACCCUGUAUUAUGAAAUAACGUAGUUGUUAAAAAAAAACAAAAACGUGUGCCUGCAAUUCCUCUGCAGAGCCGAGACAGGUGAGUUGCUGAUGGGAGAUAAAUGUAGAGCUGAUGCUGUCCUUCCCCAACCCAGCCAGAGUCAGCAGUAGCACACCAGAAAAACCAAGCCCCGUGCUGCUGUAUCAGACACUUCUAAAGCUUUUCCUCAGCCUAAACCACAGGAAUAUUUCAAGUGCCUUCCUGAGACCGAGGUGUCAGUUCCCGUUGCUGCCGGGAGGGUGUUUGGGUAGAACCGAACCCGGGGAGCAGCUGCUGUCCCACUGCCCAGCACUGGGGGGCUCUGGCAGCACCACCAGGAGUGGCUCUUGGAAGAGAUUUGCUGGUGGAACACCGAGGAGGGGAAGAGGAGAGAGUUCAGGACCUCUCACAGCAGCCAGGUUUGGGCUUGUAAGGGCACAAGAACAGAAUUUAGUUACCUAACCUAGUGAAGUUUACCAUGAAACCAGGGUUUGUGUUGUAGUGAGAGGCAGCACCCGUUUUCCACCUUCUACAAAGAAUAUUUAUUUUGUGGCUUUGCUUCUCCUUUGUUAGUUUUAGCUGUUGGGUGUGCGAUUUCUUAUUUAACAGCAUGUGGCAGAGCAGGCCAAAUAAUGUCUAAAAUCAUUAGUGUUUCAAGGUAAUUUUGACAGCUGUCAGUUGUUUUAGAAAAGCAUUGCUUUUUAAUCUCAAAAAUGCUAUUACUAAGCAGGGUGUGAAUCUGCCCACCACAGCUCAUCAGCACUAGAAUAAAAUGCUGUUCUGGUUUGUUCUCAGAUUGCUUUUGUUUUUACUCUAGCUGUAAAUUUUUCUGUAAGUCUAAGCAAAGGGAAGAGUGCAUAACUAAUGAUCAGGUCUGUCUAAAGACCAGGGCUGCUGCAUGCAUGCAACUCUGAUACAAGAUGAAGAAUGAAAGUUUGGAAAAACAGAGAAACGCUACCACUGAGAGACAAGAAAAUAGUUUAUAAGAUCACUUUCCCUCCAAUGCUGAGGAAAAGUUGACAGAGCAUUUGGUGAUCCCACCUGGGCUGUGUACCUUUACCCCUGCAAAGGCAGGAGUGUCCUGCAUCCCAUAAGGACUUCUACCAACCUACAGCAAGCUUAGAAAUAUCAUUUGGGCUUCUGCAAACUCAGACUUGAUUGACCUCCAGGUCGUUACUCCUGAGCUUCACUUUGUAUUUUGUGUUUAAAUUGUAGAAAAAUGCAGGCAGUGACAGGAGCUCAGUGAAGCAAUGUUACUCCAGCCUCUGUUAUUUUGAGACCCAGAGCUGUAAGAACUAUUUCUAAGCUACUGAAAUAUCCUGAAAGGUAAGAAGGAGCUACAAAACCAACAGCAGUAAAAACAGCUAAAAAGCAGCACAUAGCAAGCAGUGUCUGCAGCCCCUGCUGCUGCCAGGCAGGCUCCUGCUCACUUGAUUUACAAGAUGAGCAGAGCAGAUGUUUUUGUUUCAAUCACCCAAAGCCAGUACAGCAAAAAUGGUAAAAUACUUCAUCAGUGUCUUGAAUGUUUCUGCAAAAUAAUUUAAGAAAGUGGUUUUUUUCCCCUAAUGUACUUAGUUUUCUUUUGAUAUUUAAUUUUUGAAUAUAUUUUUUCACAAAACUGAACUUGCUGUAGUUAAUGAUCAUGAUCCUGUUUUCUUUUGUAAUUGUAAAUUUUAUAAUUUGUAAAAAAUUAAAA